GGACGGCAGGCGGAAGCGGAAGAGCGGGGCGCCCCGUCUGCGACGCUCCUGCGGCUGCUGCGCCGCGCGGCGGGGGGCUGCGGCCCGGCCCUUUGCUUUCCCGCCGGAGCCGGCGCGUUCCUCCACGGCGCGGAGCGUUGGCGCGGCCCAUGGACCGGCACAAAGUGAAGCGGCAGCGGCUGGACCGGAUCUGUGAAGGCAUAAGACCUCCUGCUGUGAAUGGCCCAAUGCCAUCACGGCCACUGGUCGCGCUCCUAGAUGGAAGAGAUUGCACUGUGGAGAUGCCCAUCCUGAAGGAUGUUGCUACAGUUGCAUUUUGUGAUGCUCAGUCAACUCAGGAAAUCCAUGAGAAGGUGCUGAAUGAGGCAGUAGGAGCUCUGAUGUAUCACACCAUUACUCUGUCUCGUCAGGAUCUGGAGAAAUUUAAAGCACUUCGAAUAAUUGUCCGAAUCGGCAGUGGUUUUGAUAAUAUUGACAUCAAAUCUGCUGGAGAUUUAGGCAUUGCAGUUUGCAACAUCCCUUCCUCCUCAGUUGAGGAAACUGCUGACUCCACCCUCUGCCACAUCUUGAACCUCUAUCGACGUGUUACUUGGCUACAUCAGGCUAUGCGGGAGGGGAAUCGAGCCUCAAGUGUAGAGCAGAUUCGAGAAGUGGCUGGAGGUGCUGUGCGUAUCCGUGGGGAGACUUUGGGCAUCAUUGGACUCGGCCGAGUUGGACAGGCAGUGGCUCUGCGAGCCAAGUCCUUUGGCUUCAACGUGAUUUUCUAUGAUCCCUAUCUGCCGGAUGGAGUGGAGCGAUCCUUGGGUUUACAACGAGUAGGAACCCUGCAGGAUCUACUAAUGCACAGCGAUUGCAUCACAUUGCACUGCAGCCUGAAUGAACAUAACCAUCACCUCAUCAAUGACUUCACUAUUAAACAGAUGCGCCAGGGAUGCUUCUUAGUGAACACAGCCCGGGGAGGUCUGGUCGAUGAGAAAGCCUUAGCACAAGCCUUGAAAGAGGGGAGAAUCAGAGGAACGGCACUGGAUGUACAUGAAUCUGAGCCUUUCAGCUUUAGUCAGGGUCCCUUGAAGGAUGCACCAAACCUGAUCUGUACCCCACAUGCAGCCUGGUACAGUGAGCAGGCUUCCAUUGAAUCCAGAGAAGAUGCAGCUAAAGAGAUCCGUAGAGCUAUUACAGGUCAUAUUCCUGAUGCUUUGAGGAACUGUGUUAAUAAGGAAUAUUUGCUGUUGGCAGCUCAGUGGUCUGGUAUUGAUCCUGCAGCUGUUCACCCAGAACUCAAUGGAGCUGCAGCGUACAGGUUUCCUCCAGGAGUAGUGGGAGUAACCACUCCUGGGCUACCAGAACCACCAGUAGUGGAAGGGAUUGUAGCUCAUGGGAUCCCUUCUGUUUCCCACUCUGCACCGCGUACCCCUUCCCCAGGAGAGACAAGCAAACUGGAUGCAGACAGAGAGAUUCCUGCUGAUCAGUAGCAGCAUCUUUAUCUUCUCUUCUCUGGCAGCAGGAAAAACAAACAAACAAAAAGAAUCUUCUGCUAGGACUUCCUUUAACACCCUGCAGAGACCAUUUCCUGUUAAUGCAGGACAGGACAGUGCAUUUCAUUACUGGCAAACUUUAGGUCUUGCAUUUAUUUUUGUAAUCCUUUUAGUUAUAGUCUCUUGGUGAAUCUUUCUCCUUCUCUGGGGUAGGACGGUAGUGACCUUACCUCCCCUUAGAAAUACUUGGUUUAACCAGUGUUUUUUUCCUAUAUGUCUGCCUCAGUUGUCUGUGACAGGGAACUGUUCUAGUGCACUUGAAUAUAGAAGAGGUAAUGCUGCCUGAUCAGGGAUGGCCUUUAGUGUUCCUAACCACAGACUUCAGGACACGUUUUUCAGUUGUAGCAGUGUAAAUUCCUUUUGGCUGUACCUCUCAAAGUGUAGACAUGGGGAAUACCAGAAAAAGACUAAUAAAUUGGAGAAGUUGUGACUUGUCUGUAUUAUGCUGUCAGUAAAAUGCAACUUCAGCUCUGUGCAUUACCUUGCUUGUUUUAAUUAAUUUUUACGAAUUAAUCUGUAAGAACGGACAGCACAAGCAGUGCUUGUUCGUGACUGUAAGUUUUGUCUAUGCAGUACUAGGCCUGAAGAUAAAAAUAACAGUUUCAAAGUCAGCCUUGUAAAUAAUUUGAAAUUAAUUUAAAAAGUCAUCAAAUGUGUUCCAGUGGCCACUGUGUUUGCAAGGCUUCAAAAACAAUUUACCUAUGUGAAUGUACCUCAGAGAAGAUGAGAAAAUGCAGAAAUAGGAAAAAAUUGCACUGGGAGACAGCAAGUAGCAAUAAUUUGCAGCUGCGGUUUCUGGUUCCUUGCACAUGUGUACCUCAGUCUAAUGAUGCUGUUUAUUUGCAGUGUAUAUGAUGUUAAAAUUGCUCUACAGAACUGCACCAAUAAGAAGCAACAUAGUAGUGCUAGUGACACUAGUCUCUGUUGAUGGAGAAAGCUUUUAAGGCUUGACCAAAUUAGUCUAGUUAGUAUAGCUCUGCUAGCAUAUGUUGCAUUUUCAGUAGAGGACAGAGUAAAAUUGAGGUUUGUUUUUUUUUUUUUCAGUAUCACAAUGCUUAUUCAUGUAGGAUAAAGGCUCUUUGCAUAGGCUUAUUCAUACAAAGGAGAAGAGAACGCAAUUAUGUUAUCACCUGAAGCCAAGGCAAAAUUGUUCCUCUGAAGCUUUUUCCUGUUUCUCUGUCCCAAACAGUUGAUUCACUUCUUUGAGAGGGGGGUGGAGCCUUCAGCAAAACAGAUUCCCCAGGAGGUUUUCCUUAAUUCUAAAUAUUCAUCUUGUUAUACGAGGUGCUAUAUAGGAGGCAUACCUUAUGUGUGGUUUUAUUUGCCUUGCUUGAUUCCUUUUGUAUACCUGUGACUGGGAGCUGAAUAGAUGGGAACAGAUUGGAAAUACACUUUGAGGAGUGGAAAAAAAUAAUCUAUUUAGGCUGUUUGCAGUUCAAGAAGUUGAGCAAAGCUUUCAGAGUAGCAAAGGUUUCAGGCUCUUCUCUGUUUUUAUGUUAUUGUCCAACACUGUGUUUAUAUAAUAGCUUACUAUUGAUACGGUGAAAUGAUUCAUUCCUUUCCCCGUAUGUGCCCGCCUGUCUGCAUUGCCACUGUCCCUCCAACCACACAAAAACAACAACAAAACUUUGGCAAUUCAAGAAAGAAAAAUAGACAAGAUGUAAGCUUCAGGUGUAACUUUGCAGAUCUAACUGUUUCUAUCUGUUCAGCAUUAGCAAGAUAUCAUUUAGUGUUGAGUGUCUUCUUUUUGAUAAGGUAUUUGUGUUAGUGAAGGUUGGCUUCUGUUUUUCAUGGAUGAUGCUGAUCCUAAUUAAAAUCCAUAUACCUCCUUGGCUGCUCAGGUUUACCAGGUCAGACUGGGAUUGGUGUUAAGUGCAAGUUACAGGAAAAUUCUUUUGAAUGAAAACUUAGAGCUCAGAAGCACUUCAGUUUGAGCCGUACCUAAAAUAACCAGCAGUUUUUUUCUGAUUUCUUUAAUUUUUAGGUAACCUACAGUUUGCAAACUGUUAACUCAGAAAGCUGUUCUUCUGACAGAUGGAUUGGGGGGGGGGGGGGGGGUGGAAUCUUUCAUUCAGGGAUUGAGCUGAUCUAUUACUGCAUUAGGGAAGCAGUCUGUCCAUACAUACUAUACAUACUGUUUCCUUAUUUGCUCUUAAAAAUUCCUACUCUGCAUAGAGGUUCAUGUCUGCAGAUUAUUUUAUGGUAUGGUGCUUCUAGGUAUGACUUUUGUGAGUAUGGAUAAUCAGAGUAUAUUCAUCUUCCCCAUUUCAGAGCACAAUGCAAGGUAGAUGUUUUUCAUUAAAGGCAGCAUAUCUAUCUAUAUUUCAGAUCAGUCAGGCAGCUUUGUGCACUCUGAAGAAGAGUGGGAAGAUCUCAUUUAGGGGACGUUUUGAGUUUCUUGUUUUCUUUUUAUUUGGUGACUAGUAAAUGUAGGAGUGGCUAAUUGAUGUUGUAAGAAAUACUUUGUUAUGGGUACUGAGGAGUUAAAGCUGACAGCACCAGUGAUUGUAUUUGUGAAUCUAGGCGUCCCUUCUCUUUUACGGGUGGAACGUGACAGCGACAGUGGCUCUGCUUUAUCCAACACCAUGCAGAGUGAUUGGAUAUGAAGGUGUUUCCCUUGAUGAGAGCCUUAGCAGAAAAUGCUGACAUAAAAACUGAACAGAACCUUGACUGUGACUUCAGUAAAGGGCUCUCUUUGUGCCUGUAGAAUUACUCUGCUUAUAUGCCAUUUGUACCUCUGUGUGUAGACUGAAGUUGCCAUCACCAGACCAAAGGCUGUUCUGAACAGACAGCUCAUAGAAAAAAAUGAACAGUACUGAAGUAUACUGUGGUCUUCUCCAUCCCAUGAGUGCCAAGUCCUUUCAACAGCACCCUCUCAUGUGUGAUAAACUGACUCACAGCUCCUCCUCUUAACUUUAGUGCAGUAUACAGAAGUGGAAGGAUUUUUUUUUUCCAUCUUAAAAUCCCUUCCUUCAGAACUAGUGCAGAGCUUUAUUCCCAAAGAACAGAAGUUUCCUAGGGUGAGGCAGGAGUUCCCUACCUUCACUAACCUGCUUACAGGAGGUGCUUAUACUGUCCCGAGGUAGAUUCUGUUUGUCGGGGUCACUGCUGCUGACCAGCUUUUUUUAUAGAGGACUCAAGAGUUUCAGAAAUAUAUUUUUGUAGACAAUAAAUAAACUGUGAAACGUUGAAAUAAAGCAUGUAAAACAAAAGCUUUUACAGCACUGUCCUCUGUACGGAUGUUUCUCUCACUCCAGUUCUCUCCUUACUUAUUAGAUAAUGUUUGAUUACUUAUUGGAUAUAUUUUAAUAAACUUCUCCAAAGAAUGUG